GGGAACCAAAGUAUGGAGUAAUAAGUCAAUUUCCUGUGAUGGAUUGGCCCGAAGAUAGGUUCCGACCAAAUAACUUUAAGUCUCCAAGAUCAUUUGAACACUUCGAAGCUGGUUAUUUGAAAUUUGGAUUAAAACGUUACCAAAUUAUGGUUGAAUUAACUGCUAGUCAUAGAACUGGUGUUCAUCGAUAUACUUUUCCGCCUGCUGAAAAUAAUGCAAAAGUUCUUCUUGAUUUAGCUCAUAUUUUAUCUUUUGGUUUGAGUGCCAGAUAUGAAAGUGCUGCAAUCACUUGUUUAUCUUACAAUCAAAUAAAAGGUGUAGGUCGAUAUAGAGGUGGCUGGAACAGCGACGGGCCAUAUAGAGUCUUUUUCUGCUCCCAAUUCAACGUCAAUGCUACUAAUUAUGAGACUUGGUGGAACGAUAGAAUCAACGAAAACACAACAUCCUAUAUAGGUGUAUCUUUCGUCGAUAAGAUUGGUGCUAUUCUAACUUUUGAUACAACUAAAAAUCCUGUAAUUGUUUCUAGAGUUGGAAUCUCAUUUAUUUCGGAUGAUCAAGCAUGUGAAAAUGCUGAAAAUGAAGUACCAAAUUGGAAUUUUGAAAAGACGAGGCAAGAGGCUGUUAAUAUUUGGAAUAAAGCAUUAGGAAGGAUUUUUGUUAAAGGUGGAACUAUAAAUGUUACUGAAUCUUUUUAUAGUAACUUAUAUAGAACAAUGAUUAUUCCUAGUGAUAGAACUGGUGAGAAUCCUAAUUGGAAAUCAAUCGAUAAAAAGGGCAAUCCUAUGCCAUAUUAUGAAGAUUUCUAUACUUUGUGGGACACAUUCAGAACCACAAAUCCAUUAUUUACGCUUUUUCAACCAGAACGUGCUGUGGAUAUUACUAAUUCACUUGUCGAUAUUUAUGUACAUGAUGAUUAUAUGCCUGAUGGAAGAAGUGGUUCAUGGAAUGGAAUUACUCAAGGAGGAUCUAAUGCUGAUAUGGUUGUGGCAGAAACAUACUUAAAGAAUCUAGAUGUCAGUGGUAAAAUAGAUUGGGGAUUAGCGUACAGUGCUCUCAUCAAAGAUGCGGAGGUAGAUCCAUGGGAUAUGGGCUUAGUCGAAGGUCGAUUAUAUUUAACUGAUUAUAAGAAAUACGGUUAUAUCCCUUUUCCAUAUGAUGGUGAAACUGGAUAUGCUAAUGCUCAAUGUAGUCGAACUUUGGAGUAUAGUGCUAAUGAUUAUAGUAUUAGUCUUGUUGCUAAAGGUUUGGGUAAAAUUGAUGACUAUAUAAAGUACAAAAAACGCGCAAGAAGUUGGGAGAAUUUAUGGUGUUCAAAUAAAACUUAUAAUG